UCCAAUCCAAGAGAAGAGAAGAGAAUAGUAUUAGUACCCAAUCAAUCUUCUUCUUCUUCUUCUAAUUAUUAUAUAUAAUAAUAAUAAGAAAGAAGAAGAGGAAGAAGAAUAACAUACACAUGUGCUUGCCUGAGUCAGAGAGAGACAUGGCUCUGGAAGCUGUGUUGUAUACUAAUAACAACAUUCAACAACCACUCCCUUCUUCUUCUUAUGCAAUCAACGACACCAACAACAAGGACUUGGACUUUUUCAACUUCAACAAUGAUACUGGCCUACACUAUUUACUGUCACCGCCACCACCGCCGCCGGAAGAAACAGAAACAACCAUGGAUACCACAUCAACUUGUUCUGAGCGUCCCAAGAGAAGGAGAGGAAAGACAAGAAAGAACAAGGAGGAGAUCGAGAACCAAAGAAUGACUCACAUUGCCGUCGAACGUAACCGACGGAAGCAAAUGAAUGAUUACCUCUCUCUCCUUCGCAAUCUCAUGCCAGAUUCUUACGUUCAAAGGGGCGAUCAAGCGUCCAUAAUAGGGGGUGCUAUUAACUAUGUGAAGGUGCUUGAGCAGAAACUGCAGUUUCUUGCUGCUACUACUAGCGAUGAAGAUGGAGGAUCUGAUCAUACAAAUAACAAAAUUGGAACCAUGCCUUUUUCCGAGUUCUUCGGCUUCCCACAAGUGACAGGGAAUGCUGAUAUUGAAGUAACAAUGGUGGAAAGCCAUGCAAAUCUGAAAAUAAGGUCAAAGAAAAAGCCCAAGCAGCUCUUGAAGAUGGUGUCUAAUUUGCAAGCCAUGCGUCUCACAAUCUUGCAUCUUAAUGUCACCACCACUAACAAUGAUAUUGUCCUCUAUUCUCUCAGCGUUAAGGUGGAAGACGAUUGCAAGUUGGAAUCAGUGGAUGAGAUAGCCACGGCUGUGUGUCAAAUGAUGGAAAACAUUCAACAUGAGUCUGUUGAAUAAUUAGGGAUAUUUAUUUAAUUUGAACUACUAAUCAGCAUUGCUUAUUUUUUUCAAUCAAGACCUUAAUUAUUAGUGAUGGUGAUUAUGAUAUUUCAUUUUUCUUUGGCUAUGUGGCUACUUUAAUUUAUUCUAGGUUUCAAGUUGUACCAAAUUAUUAUUACCUACCUAUAUGUAUGUUAAUACACUGAUUAGUGCCUAGCUAUGUGGAAACCUUGGACAAGUUUUUUGGUUUA